CUCGCUGUCCAAACUGAAUUGCUGUUACAUCCUUUUCUAUUCUGCAUGUUGGUUUAAAUCGUGAGUUUGUUCUGGUGCAAGCGUGAGUUUGGUGUAGUGUUUCAUGUUGCUGCCACUAUAAAAAACUGAAGUUCCUUUCAGUCGUUUUUUUUUUCCAUAUCAAUCUUCAAAAAGCCUCCGCGAGUCUGUGUUUGCACGACAAGACUUUGGCAAGCGUCUGUGUUUUCAUGUGAAGAUAAACGACAUGGAAUUAUUUAUUUUCAGUCUUUUCCUUCUUUAACACGCCACUUUUGAAUUAGAAUUUUGUGCAUUCGAAUUGCAGUCUACUCAUAUUCGUUCUGUUCCAAACUAAAAUGAAAGUGUUUAGCUUUAUACUGAAGUGGACGUUUAUCCUUCCGCUGAGUCUUUCCUUGUGUGCCGGUGAAGAAAGCCCAGCUUCAUCAAACAUUGUGAAUCCUUGUUGCCAUUACCCUUGUCAAAACCGAGGGAUUUGUGUUCGAUAUGGCCUGGACAGAUACGAAUGUGACUGCACCAGAACAGGCUUCUAUGGAGAAAAUUGCACUAUACCUGAGUUCUGGUCUCGAGUCUAUCAGCUUUUGAAACCCAGUCCUAAUGUUGUCCACUACAUCCUCACCAAUUUUGACUGGCUAUGGGGCAUCAUCAACAGGACGUUCCUCAGGGAUUGGCUCAUGCACAAAGUGUUAACAGUAAGAGCCAACUUAAUCCCAAGUCCCCCAACAUACAAUUCCAAAUAUGAUUACUUGAACUGGGAAGCAUAUUACAACAUCACCUACUACACAAGAAUUCUUCCACCGGUCCCUCAGGACUGCCCCAAGCCAUUGGGAACCAAAGGAAAAAUGCAGCUUCCAGACCCCAAGCUUCUGGUAGAUAAGUUCCUGUUAAGGAAGAAUUUCAGACCGGACCCUCAGGGAACAAAUUUGAUGUUCGCAUUUUUCGCUCAGCACUUCACACACCAGUUUUUCAGGACUCACAACCGUGUCGGACUUGGGUUCACAAAAGGUCUGGCUCAUGGGGUGGAUGCUGGACACAUUUAUGGAGACACUCUUGAUCGCCAGCUAGACCUCAGACUGCAUAGAGACGGGAAGCUGAAGUACCAGGUGGUCAGUGGUGAGAUAUACCCCCCCACGGUGCUAGAUGCACCGAUCAAAAUGAGCUACCCACCAUCUGUCCCGCCAGAGCAGCAGCUAGCCAUUGGGCAAGAAGUGUAUGGACUACUGCCAGGUCUCAGUAUGUACGCCACCUUGUGGCUGCGUGAGCACAACCGUGUGUGUGAAAUCCUGAAACAAGAGCAUCCAACCUGGGGGGAUGAGCAGCUGUUUCAGACCUCCAGGCUCAUUAUUAUAGGUGAGACCAUUCGUAUUGUGAUCGAGGACUAUGUGCAGCAUCUAAGUGGUUACCGGCUGAAGCUCCACUUUGAUCCCACGCUGCUGUUCACCUCACAGUUCCAGUACCAGAACCGUAUCGCUGUGGAGUUCAAUCAGCUUUACCACUGGCACCCGCUCAUGCCUGACAGCUUCCACAUCGCUGGAGAUGAGAUUCACUACCCUCAAUUCCUAUUCAACACCUCUAUCCUCACCCACUAUGGGGUGGAGAAGUUGGUGGAGGCCUUCUCAACCCAACCUGCAGGACAGAUUGGAGGUGGUCAUAAUAUUCAUCCAGUGGUGCGCAAAGUAGCUGAGGGGGUCAUCAUUGAAUCUAGGGAGCUUCGUCUUCAGCCCUUUAAUGAAUAUCGCAAGAGAUUCAAUCUGAAACCCUACACAUCUUUCUCAGAAUUUACAGGAGAAGAAGAGAUGGCUAAAGAACUAGAGAAUCUGUAUGGUCAUAUUGAUGCUCUGGAGUUCUACCCAGCUCUUUUGAUAGAGAAGACACGACCUGGUGCGAUAUUUGGCGAAAGCAUGGUGGAAAUGGGGGCCCCAUUUUCCUUAAAAGGCCUUAUGGGAAAUCCUAUUUGCUCUCCUGAGUACUGGAAGCCCAGUACGUUUGGGGGGAAGACAGGUUUUGAUAUAGUAAACUCUGCUACUUUGAAGAAAUUGGUUUGCCUGAAUACAAAAUGGUGUCCGUAUGUAUCUUUCCAUACUCCUCCAUCAGAUUACAAACACCAAAGGACAUCUCACGGUGAACUUUAACACAGUGUACUUCUGGAAUCUGUUUAAAAUCACUGUUCAAAAUUUUGACUUCUAUUUACAGAUGUGAAUGAAAACAAUUAUCUUGUAAAUCAGAAAUUAAUUGGUAAUGACAAUUAUUAGGGUAAUUAUUUGUAACAAGGUGACUGAAAAAUUGUUUUUUAUAGUAUUACAAUUAUUAACAUUUUUGGAUUAUAAAAAUAAUGUUUAUUACGACAUACAUGAGAAUUGUAUGGAUUUAAAGCUGCAGUAGGUAACUUUUGUAAAAAAUAUUUUUUUUUACAUAUUUGUUAAACCUGCCAUUAUGUCCUGACAGUAGAAUAUGAGACAGAUAAUCUGUGAAAAAAAUCAAGCACCUCUGGCUCCUCCCAGUGGUCCUAUUGCCAUUUGCAGUUACAGACCGCUCCCGGUAAGAAAUCAACCAAUCAGAGUUGCGGUCCGUAACUUUGUUUGUGUUCAAGAUGUAGAAAAAUGUAUAUAAUAAGUGAGUACACCAUGAAUCCAUUUUCCAAACCGUGUUUUUAGCUUGUCCUGAAUCACUAGGGUGCACCUAUAAUAAGUGUUUAUAUUCGGACUAUUUUAGAUUGCUUCGGGGCUACCGCGGCGGAGUAACCCAGUACCUUUGUGAUUCUUCAUAGACAUAAACAGAGAGAAGUAUUUCCGGCUACGAUGUUCUUCCGCAAGACGCAAGCAGUUCUGUUUAUUAACCGCUAGAGCGUCAAAAAGUUACCUACCGCAGCUUUAAUUCACCCUUUGCUAAGCUACACCAUAAAAACAUUACAGACCAAUCCUGCUUAAGCAACUGUUGCCAUCUGCAAGCUUUUAUUAUUUUAUAAUACAAUGCCACAGUACAUUCCAAACAAACAAGUUACCAGUAGGUUCAGUAGAUUGUCAGAAAACAAACAAGACCCAGCAUUCAUGAUAUGCACGCUCUUAAGGCUGUGCAAUUGGGCAAUUAGUUGAAAGGGGUGUGUUCAAAAAAAUAGCAGUGUCUACCUUUGACUGUACAAACUCAAAACUAUUUUGUACAAACAUUUUUUUUUUCUGGGAUUUAGCAAUCGUGUGAAUCACUAAACUAAUAUUUAGUUGUAUGACCACAGUUUUUUAAAACUGCUUGACAUCUGUGUGGCAUGGAGUCAACCAACUUGUGGCACCUCUCAGCUGUUAUUCCACUCCAUGAUUCUUUAACAACAUUCCACAAUUCAUUCACAUUUCUUGGUUUUGCUUCAGAAACAGCAUUUUUGAUAUCACCCCACAAGUUCUCAAUUGGAUUAAGGUCUGGAGAUUGGGCUGGCCACUCCAUAACAUUAAUUUUGUUGGAUUGGAACCAAGACUUUGCCCGUUUACUAGUGUGUUUUGGGUCAUUGUCUUGUUGAAACAACCAUUUCAAGGGCAUGUCCUCUUCAGCAUAGGGCAACAUGACCUCUUCAAGUAUUUUAACAUAUGCAAACUGAUCCAUGAUCCCUGGUAUGCGAUAAAUAGGCCCAACACCAUAGUAGGAGAAACAUGCCCAUAUCAUGAUGCUUGCACCUCCAUGCUUCACUGUCUUCACUGUGUACUGUGGCUUGAAUUCAGAGUUUGGGGGUCGUCUCACAAACUGCCUGUGGCCCUUGGACCCAAAAAGAACAAUUUUACUCUCAUCAGUCCACAAAAUGUUCCUCCAUUUCUCUUUAGGCCAGUUGAUGUGUUCUUUGGCAAAUUGUAACCUCUUCUGCACAUGCCUUUUUUUUAACAGAGGGACUUUGCGGGGGAUUCUUGAAAAUAGAUUAGCUUCACACAGACGUCUUCUAACUGUCACAGUACUUACAGGUAACUCCAGACUGUCUUUGAUCAUCCUGGAGGUGAUCAUUGGCUGAGCCUUUGCCAUUCUGGUUAUUCUUCUAUCCAUUUUGAUGGUUGUCUUCCGUUUUCUUCCACGUCUCUCUGGUUUUGCUCUCCAUUUUAAGGCAUUGGAGAUCAUUUUAGCUGAACAGCCUAUCAUUUUUUGCACCUCUUUAUAGGUUUUCCCCUCUCUAAUCAACUUUUUAAUCAAAGUACGCUGUUCUUCUGAACAAUGUCUUGAACGACCCAUUUCCUCAGCUUUCAAAUGCAUGUUCAACAAGUGUUGGCUUCAUCCUUAAAUAGGGGCCACCUGAUUCACACCUGUUUCUUCACAAAAUUGAUGACCUCAGUGAUUGAAUGCCACACUGCUAUUUUUUUGAACACACCCCUUUCAACUAAUUCAACUAAUUGCCCAAUUGCACAGCCUUAAGAGCGUGCAUAUCAUGAAUGCUGGGUCUCAUUUGUUUUCUGAGAAUCUACUGAACCUACUGGUAACUUGUUUGCCACGUAGCAAUAAAAAAAUAUACGAAAAACCUUGAUUAUUCUGGUUAGUCACAUUGUACUGCUAUUAUUUUGAACAAUACUGUAUAUAUAUAUAUAUAUAUAAAAUAUUCCGUCCAUUUUAUGAUGCUGAAAAAUACAUUGUAUCUGUUGCUUCAUAUCUGUUUUGUUAUGGAGAUUUUUUAAUUCUAAUGCACUGUUCAACUUGAAAUAUGCUUUUUCCUGAACUGUGCCUGUGAUGGCCAGUUAUUUGUUGUUGUUGUUGUUGUUGUUACAGAAUGUUCAUGUUGUAUACAUUUAUGAUCUUUGAUAUGAAUAAAUGUAACCUCAUAAUAUUCAUGUUUUUCCAAGCAUAAUAUAUACAUUUGUAGUACCAUUAAUAUGAGAUUUGAAAUGUACCUGUAUCUACCCGUAUGUCUGAUCCUUUACAUAAGAGGUUUAAAGAAAUAAAAUAGUAAAUCUAUUUUACAACAAAA